AUGUCAAAAGAUUAGGAGUUAAGUUAAAGUAAAAUCAAUAACUCUAUUGCAUUUGAUAUUUAUGGUUUGAUUUGGAAACAUGAGCAUUCAUCUAAUCAAUACACUUUUAAAGUCCCAAACACUAUAGUUUUUAAAAAUCAACAGCCUAUCUUAUGGAUAUACUCAAAUUCAAAUAAUUAGGUUAUGAAAAAAACAACUGAAAUUUUAACUCAUGAGCAUAUAAAAGGGUUUUUUAAUAAUAUUAAAAAUAUUAGCGGGAUAGCUGCAUAAUAUAUAUUUUAAAUAAAUGAUAAAUUAUAGAUAAAGUACAUGAAAACUGAUGAAAUAAGUAGUUUCUUGGACCAAAAAAAUAAUUUAUUAUAAGAUGGCAUAUUGCAGUAAUUUGUUGAUCCAAAUAGUUAAAGAAAUUCUGUUAUAUAAGCGUCAACAAAUCACUAAAGUUGCAGCUUUUUAAAAUUAAUUAACAAAAAAAAUAUAUACAACUAGGAGAUAGAUUUGAUUGAUAGAGCAUGUACGUUCGAUGGAUAAAGCAAUAAAACAGAUUCUGUUAAUGUUAAAGGAAAGAUAUGCCCUGUAAUUAAAUAAUGCAUCAAUGAGAUAUAAUCAAACAUUAUACUCAAUUAAGAAGGAGGACAAAAAGUAAAAAAAAUUACAUGUUACUUUAAAGAGGAUGAAAAAGAAAACUUAUAUUUUCUAUGGGCUAAUUACAUUAAGGUAGAAAGAAGAAGUAGCUCUUAAUAGAGCAAAUCCUAAAUUUUUUAAAGGUAGCCUAUUUAUUAAGAAAAAAGUAAUUAUAGUAGCAAUUAAAGCUAAAAAAAUUCAAAUCUUAUACAAGAAUUGAAGUCAGAAAAAAGUUUGCAAAAGCAUUUUUCUUCAAGCAUACAUAAUAAAUUUUUAAUUGAAUGUUAUUAAUGUAGCUAAAAGAAAGUAAAAGAAUCUUUCACUAGCAUAUCGUAUAAAUAUCUUAUAGAUUAUUAAAUGUAAAUUGAUUAGUCUAGUAUGGAAACUGAAAAAUUAAAUAUUCCAGAAUCAGUAAAAUAGUACAAAAAUAAAUUUACAAAAAAAUCAUAAUAAGUAUAUCAUAUUCCGCGAAUUUUAUAAAUAAUACAUCCUAACUUGAAGUAUCCAACUUAUGUAUGCAUAAAGGAGAGUCCUCAUUUCUAAAAUAGGCAAGUAGAAGUAUGCUCUGAAUGUUACUAUGAAAUAAUUGAAAAAAUAACUGAGAAGACUAAACAAAUAAAUCUUCAAAGUAUGAGGAAUGUUAAAAGAUCUAUUUCAGUUGGGAAUAAUAGAAGCUAAGGAUCAAUAUCUUCUUAUAUUACUCACUCAGAAUAAAAAUAUCCACAUAGAAUCAGAUUAGCUUCAGCAAAAUAAAAUCAAUAAACCUUAUGUACUUAACAGUUUUAAAUUAGUCCUUAAAAAAUUAUAGAGGAUGAUUCUGAAUGUAGUCAGCCAACUGUUUUUGUCAAAAAUUUAGAAAAAUUAGCUAUAGGAGUUCAUUCUUUGAGUGGAUUCUAGUCAAGAAACAAUAUUGACAAUUUAAAUUAAUCAAAUUAUUCUACUGGCACAAAUAACUUUAACCAUGUUUUGAACUAGGUGAACAAGCCUAUAAAUUCUUAGUCAGAAGCUUAGAUAUUAAAUUUUAAAUACAAAAAAUCUCUUUAAUCUCAAGAUAGUUUAAUAAAAAGUGUGAACUGUUCGAACGGGUUUGCUAUUAAAAAAGUAUUUUCUACUUAUAGUUGUGUGGAAGAGGGAAUGGACGUUCCUUAAAUGUCAUAAAGUUCAUAUAAGUUUUCUAGCUAAAAUAAGGAAACAUAAAAGUUAUCUACAAAAUAAUGCACUUCUGAGAGGUAGUCGUUUAAGAAUGAAAAUAUAGAGAAUAAUUAAGAAAAAAAAGAAGAGGAAUCUAAAAAAAUAUCUGUAAAAGGAUUGCUAGAAUCAUAGAAGUUACAAAAUUAGUAGCAUAAUUAAAAGGAGUAAAACAUAGAUCAAGCAAAUAUUGAAGAUAUUACCUUAUUUAAUUUGGUAAAACACUCUGAUAAAAAGGAUGAGACAUACAACUUUUUAAAUAUAUAAAAAUCCCCUGAAUACAGCAAUACUCCUACAUUUUAGCAUGCAAAAUAAAAUUUGCAUCCAAAUAAAAAUGAUAUUUUAAACAAAAAUAUUUUACCUUAAGAACUUAAUGAGUAGCCUUACCAGUUUAGAUUGAGUUUUGGGAGCUAAACUUUUGAAGAAUAUCAAUAAUGUUUAAAAGCAAAAUAAAUUUAAGACAGCUUAUAAAAUAUUCCUAAGUCAGAAAAUAAAUCUAGCAAGCCUUCUUUUUUUUAAGAUUCAUAACAGCAACAGUAAAAAAAUGAAAAAAUAUUGAUAAGUAAUGAAUAAAGUAACUUUAGUUAAGAUAAAUAUCGUUAAGCAAAUCGAAAAGAAAGUCAAAGCUCAAGUAGUAAAUUAUCAGAGUCUGAAAAGAGAAAAGAUAGCUAAAAAAGUGUGAAUCCAGAUUACAUCCUUGAAGAUAUUUAGAAGUAUGAAGAUUCCAGUAUAGAUUAAGAGUAAAACAAAAACCUAUAAAGUAACUUAAAAAACAAUCAAGAAUAAAAAGAUAUUAAUUCUAUUUAGGAGUCUAUUUUGUCUUCAGAAGCUGAAAACCCAGAAAUAAAAUAAACCUAAAAAUAAACUACAAUUUUAAGUUAAGAAAAUUAAAAAUCAGGAAACAAAACUAAAAAUAUUAAUAAAGACUUACCUGUAAAUAUGAUUUCUAAUACAAACCAUAUUCCUAUAAAGAAAGAAAGAGGAUUAUUUAAUGUAAAGAAAAUUCAAAGCAGUAGCAAGCUUAACUAAAUUGAUAAAAAAAAUUGA